AUGACUAUCGAUGUCGAAUCAAUUUUAGUUUCCUGUAUAAGAAUAUAUCCAGAGUUUGAUCCAGAUAUAUAUUCCAGCAAUAUCCAAUCAUUACGAUUUAGCUUGGAUAUCCUUGGACCUAAAGGAACUGCUAGCUUUGUCCGUGGUUCUCAGCUCAUAAUGGAAGAAUAUUGGUCGAGUGGAGUGGAAACAGCCUCGGCUGACUCCAAGGCAAACACAUCGCUAAUCCUUUCCGAAUCAGAGAGGAAUUUAACGUAUAUAAAUCUAGCCUCUGAUGCGGCAAUAGUAGCUGUAUCAGAAUCUUUUAACCCAGACUCGAUUCAAACAGAUACGGUUGUGGUUCAAAACAUACAAGAUUCGGCAAGUAUCUCUUCCACAAUGUUUCGAGUAGGGUCUUCGGAAAGGUCGUCAGAUACCUCAACAGAGAACGUUGUUUCUGAAAUCCAGUCCACUUCACUCUUUGUGUCUUUAGGAACAAUGCAAAUACUAGCAGAAAAUAAAGGGACAAUGACGUCUUCUCCCUUUGUAACAUCAUUAGAUGCGAACUCUGUGAUUGUAGAUGGAACCACAGAAGAUUUGCAAUCGCGAUUUUCCUCUGUACAAUCAAGAGCAGAGACAUCUCGUUUUGAAGCUGACUCAUUAGUUAUGGUGCCUGAAAUAACUUCAUUAAUGGCCUUAAAAACUGAUCUUGUUGGCGAUGGAAUUUUGAAGACAGUUUCCUCAAUGAUAGUCAAUAAUCACAAACAAGAAUCGUCCAAUCUUUUCACGGGAGAAAAGCCUUUUGAGGAUGAUAAAAACCAGAACUCAGAGGAUGAGUCAAUAGAUGACGCCUCGGCCUUCACAGUUGGAAAUCGGAUAUCAAAGACAAGCAAGAGCAUUUUCUCAAUUCGAACGUAUUUAGUGGGACCGGAAGACGCAACCACGCCAUUUGUAUUAGAAAUAACAAAGAGUCCCUUACACGAGGCAUCGCAGACAUCAGAGUAUGUUUUGUAUUCGUCCGUUUUUUACCAUCUACCUCAAAAUCUCCCACUAGAAGAAAUGUGCAGCUUGAUAAACGCAGACAAACCCAGCGCACAGGACAACAUCAGUAAAUAUAUAAACUUAACAUCGGAAAAAUGCCUCGAAGAAAUCUACAUUUCAGGUUCUUCAGACACGGCGUUCCAGUGCCAUUGUAGACCAAAGAUGAUAUCUGGUCACAUUUUGCAAGAACCAAUCCAACAAAGGGUCGAGCAGAUUGUUAAGGAGUUGACAGUCGAUAAGAAAACCUUGUCAUCUACAACAAGAAAACUAACGUCUGCUAAAGAUCCAAGAAAAUCGUCUAGAACGAUAGGAACUAUCGGCAUAGCUUUGUUAAUCACAGUUGGGGCUUUUAUAGUUUCCUUGGAUUUACCCAAUAUUAUAGACUUAGCCGUGUCUUUAAAACGCAAAAUCAAAAUCUCUUCGCUCGAUUAA